UGUCACACAGUGGCUUCAGCAGAUGGGAAAGAUGAAGCUCGGAAUGAUAAUUCUGCCUCUCUUGGUAGGGGUCAGCUCUGGAGUUGGAGCAUCAUGCGGUGGAGAUCUGACUAACCCAGGAGGAGAAUUCUUCAGCCCCCAGUAUCCUAAUAACUACCCUAAUGAUGCAGAUUGUACAUGGAGACUUCUGGCGUCAGAGACGCAGGUUGUUAACUUGACCUUCACGUUUGUUGAUUUGGAAAACUGUUGCGACUCCAUCAGGGUGUAUGACGGUCCUAGUAACUCUUACCCACUGCUGGGUCGCCUGCCUCAAGAUGAGAGAUAUCGUUUCAGCUCCACCAGGAACUCUCUGACCGUAGUGUUGUCAAGUGACAGCAGUGUAACUGGUCAAGGCUUUUGGGCACAGUGGGUGUUCUCAGUUGGAGCGCCAUGCGGUGGAGAUCUGACUAACCCAAGAGGAGAAUUCUUCAGCCUCCAGUAUCCUAAUAACUACCCUAAUAAUGCAGACUGUACAUGGAGACUUCUGGCAUCAGAGACACAAGUUGUUAAUUUGACCUUCACGUUUGUUGAGUUGGAGACGUGCUGUGACUCCAUCAGGGUGUAUGACGGUCCCAGUGCUGCUUACCCACUGCUGGAUCACCUGCCUAAAGAUCAGAGACAUCAAUUCAGCUCCACCAGGAACUCUCUGACCAUAGUGUUCUCAAGUGAUAGGAGUGUAACUCGUCAAGGCUUUCGGGCACAGUGGGAGUUCGCAGUUGGAACAUCAUGUGGUGAAGAUCUGACUAACCCAAGAGGAGAAUUCUUCAGCCCCCAGUAUCCUAAUUAUUACCCUCAUAAUGCCUAUUGCACAUGGAGACUUCUGGCAUCAGAGACACAAGUUGUUAAUUUGACCUUUACAUUUGUUGAUUUGGAGGCAUGUUGCGACUCCAUCAGGGUGUAUGACGGUCCCACUGAUGCUUCCCCACUGCUGGGUCGCCUGCCUCAAGAUCAGAGAUAUCACUUCAACUCCAGCAGGAACUACCUGACCGUAGUGUUCUCAAGUGACCACAGUUUUACUCAUCAAGGCUUUCAGGCACAGUGGGUGUUCCCAGUUGGAGCAUCAUGCGGUGAAGAUCUGACUAACUCAAGAGGAGAAUUCUUCAGCCCCCAGUAUCCUAAUAACUACCCUAAUUAUGCAUAUUGCACAUGGAGACUUCUGGCAUCAGAGACACAGGUUGUUAAUUUGACCCUCACAUUUGUUGAGUUGGAGACGUGCUGUGACUCCAUCAGGGUGUAUGACGGUCCCAGUGCUGCUUACCCACUGCUGGUUCCCCUGCUUCAAGAUCAGAAACAUCAAUUCAGCUCUACCAGGAACUCUCUGACCAUAGUGUUCAAAAGUGAUAGGAGUGUAACUCGUCAAGGCUUUCGGGCACAGUGGGAGUUCGCAGUUGGAGCAUCAUGCGGUGAAGACCUGACUAACUCAAGAGGAGAAUUCUUCAGCCCCCAGUAUCCUAAUAACUACCCUAAUAAUGCAGACUGUACAUGGAGACUUCUGGCAUCAGAGACACAAGUUGUUAAUUUGACCUUCACGUUUGUUGAAUUGGAGGAAUGUUGCGACUCUAUCAGGGUGUAUGACGGUCCUACUGCUGCUUACCCACUGCUGGGUCGCCUGCCUCAAGAUCAGAGACAUCACUUCAGCUCUACCAGGAACUCUCUGACCGUAGUGUUCUCAAGUGACCUCGGUAUAACUGGUCAAGGCUUUCGGGGACAGUGGGUGUUCCCAGUUGAAUCACCAUGCGGUGGAGAUCUGACUAACUCAAGAGGAGAAUUCUUCAGCCCCCAGUAUCCUAAUAACUACCCUAAUAAUGCACACUGCACAUGGAGACUUCUGGCAUCAGAGACACGGGUUGUUAAUUUGACCUUCACGUUUGUUGAGUUGGAGACGUGCUGUGACUCCAUCAGGGUGUAUGACGGUCCCAGUGCUGCUUACCCAUUGCUGGGUCGCCUGCCUAAUGAUCAGAGACAUCAAUUCAAUUCCACCAGGAAUUCUCUGACCAUAGUGUUCUCAAGUGAUAGGAGCGUAACUCGUCAAGGCUUUCGGGCACAGUGGGAGUUCCCAGUUGGAGCAUCAUGUGGUGAAGAUCUGACUAACCCAAGAGGAGAAUUCUUCAGCCCCCAGUAUCCUAAUAACUACCCUAAUAAUGCACACUGCACAUGGAGACUUCUGGCUUCAGAGACACAGGUUGUUAAUUUGACCUUCACAUUUGUUGAUUUGGAGGCAUGCUGCGACUCCAUCAGGGUGUAUGAUGGUCCCACUGCUGCUUACCCACUGCUGGGUCGUCUGCCUCAAGAUCAGAGACAUCACUUCAGCUCUACCAGGAACUCUCUGACCGUAGUGUUCUCAAGUGACCUCGGUGUAACUGGUCAAGGCUUUCGGGCACAGUGGGUGUUCCCAGUUGAAUCACCAUGCGGUGGAGAUCUGACUAACUCAAGAGGAGAGUUCUUCAGCCUCCAGUAUCCUAAUAACUACCCUAAUAAUGCACACUGCACAUGGAGACUUCUGGCAUCAGAGACACGGGUUGUUAAUUUGACCUUCACAUUUGUUGAUGUGGAGACGUGUUGUGACUCCAUCAGGGUGUAUGACGGUCCCAGUGCUGCUUACCCACUGCUGGGUCACCUGCCUCAAGAUCAGAGACAUCACUUCAACUCCACCAGGAACUCUCUGACCAUAGUAUUCUCAAGUGACCACAGUAUAACUCAUCAAGGCUUUCGGGCACAGUGGGAGUUCCCAGUUGGGGCAUCAUGCGGUGAAGACCUGACUAACUCAAGAGGAGAAUUCUUCAGCCCCUGGUAUCCUAAUAACUACCCUAAUAAUGCAGAUUGCACAUGGAGACUUCUGGCAUCAGAGACACAAGUUGUUAAUUUGACCUUCACGUUUGUUGAUUUGGAGGCAUGUUGCGACUCCAUCAGGGUGUAUGACGGUCCCACUGAUGCUUACCCACUGCUGGGUCGCCUGCCUCAAGAUCAGAGAUAUCACUUCAACUCCAGCAGGAACUACCUGACUGUAGUGUUCUCAAGUGACCACAGUUUUACUCAUCAAGGCUUUCAGGCACAGUGGGUGUUCCCAGUUGAAUCGUUAUGUGGCGGAGAUCUGACUAACCUAAGUGGAGAAUUCUUCAGAUUCCAGUAUCCUAAUAAGUACCAUAAUAAUGCAUAUUGCACAUGGAGACUGCGGGCACCCGUGUUUCAAGUUGUUAAUAUUACCUUCACAUUUGUUGAUUUGGAGAAAUGUUGCGACUCCAUCGGUGUGUAUGACGGUCCCAAUAAUACUUACCCACUGCUGGGUCGCCUGCCUCAGGAUCAGAAACAAAACUUCAUCUCCACCAGGAACUCUCUGACCGUAGUGUUCUCAAGUGAUAGCAGUGUAACUGGUCAAGGCUUUCGGGCACAGUGGGAGUUCCCAGUUGAACCAUGCGGUGGAGAUCUGACUAACCCAAGAGGAGAAUUCUUCAGCCCCCGGUAUCCUAAUAACUACCCUAAUAAUGCAGACUGUACAUGGAGACUUCUGGCAUCAGACAGACGGGUUAAUUUGACCUUCACGUUUGUUGAGUUGGAAGAAUGUUGUGACUCCCUCAGGGUGUAUGACGGUCCUACUGACGAUUACCCACUGCUGGGUCGCCUGCCUCAGGAUCAGAAACAAAACUUCAUCUCCACCAGGAACUCUCUGACCGUAGUGUUCUCAAGUGAUAGCAGUGUAACUGGUCAAGGCUUUCAGGCACAGUGGGAGUUCUCAGAUAAAGCACCAUGGGGUGAAGAUCUGACUAACUCAAGUGGAGAAUUCUUCAGCCCCCAGUAUCCUAAUAACUACCCUAAUAAUGCAGAUUGCACAUGGAGACUUUUGGCAUCAGAGACACAGUUUGUUAAUUUGACCUUCACGUUUGUUAAUGUGGAGGAAUGUUGCGACUCCAUCAGGGUGUAUGAUGGUCCCACCGAUUCCUACCCACUGCUGGGUCGCCUGCCUAAAGAUCAGAGAUAUCACUUUAAAUCUACCAGGAACUACCUGACCAUAGUAUUCUCAAGUGACAGCAGUGUAACUCGUCAAGGCUUUCAGGCACAGUGGGUGUUCUCAGAAGCUACUCCUGAACCCUCAGCUGUUCCACCUGAACCUUCAACUGAACCUCCUAAUCCCACAUCAGCUUCACCUUCCUGCAGGUGGAACUGUGGCUCUCACCUCGGCAGAUGUUCCUGCUCCAGCUCCUGUCAGUACUAUGGAAACUGCUGCCACGACUACUACGAUUACUGUUACACAAUCAUACCUACUCCUGACACCCCAGAAGAGACCACAGAAAUCACAACAACUGAUUCCUGCAGGUUGAACUGUGGUUAUGACCUCGACAGCUGUUCCUGCGCCAGCUCCUGUCAGUACUACAGAGACUGUUGCCAUGACUACUAUGAUUUUUGCCAUGUCACUGUUGCAACACCUAAUGUGAACCCAACAGUUGGAGCGCCAUGCGGUGGAGAUUUGACCAACUCAAGUGGAGAAUUCUUCAGCCCCCAGUAUCCUAAUAAGUACCCUAAUAAUGCUAAUUGCACAUGGAGACUUCUGGCAUCAGAGAGACAAGCUGUUAAUGUGACCUUCAUGUUUGUUGAUCUGGAGGUAUGCUGUGACUCCAUCAGGGUGUAUGAAGGUCCCACUGAUGCUUCCCCACUGCUGGGUCGCCUGCCUCAAGAUCAGAGACAUCACUUCAGCUCCACCAGGAGCUCUCUGACCGUAGUGUUCUCAAGUGACAGCUGUAUAAAUCAUCAAGGCUUUCGGGCACAGUGGGUGUUCUCAGAACCUACUACUGAACCUACAACUGUUCCUCCUUCUACUGAACCUCCUACUCCCACAUCAGCUUCUCCUUCCUGUAGGUGGAACUGUGGCUCUAACUUCGACAGCUGUUCCUGUUCCAGCUCCUGUAAAUACUAUAGAGACUGCUGCCAUGACUACUAUGAUUUUUGCCAUGUCCUUGCUAUAACACCUAAAGUGAAAACAACAGUGCACAGCGGUACAGGAGCUCCAUGCGGCGGAAAUCUGACUAAGCCAAGAGGAGAAUUUUUUAGCCCCCAGUAUCCUAAUAACUACCCUAAUAAAGCAGAUUGCACAUGGAGAGUUCUGGCGCCAAAGAGACAGGUCAUUAAAUUGGCCUUCACGCUUGUUGAUGUGGAGGAAUGUUGCGACUCCAUCAGGGUGUAUGACGGUCCCAGUGCUUCUUCCCCACUGCUGGGUCGCCUGCCUCAAGAUCAGAGAAAACGCUUCAGCUCCACCAGGAACUCUCUGACUGUAGUGUUCUCAAGUGACAACUGUAUAAAUCAUCAAGGCUUUCGGGCAGAGUGGGAGUUCCCAGAACCUACUACUGAACCUACAACUGAACCUCCUACUACCACAACAGAACUUACUACUAAACCUACAUCCGAACCUCCUACUCCCACAACAGAUUGCUGUCAAGUGAGCACGCGUACUCCCCCAACAAAACGUCCUGAUUCUUCGGCUCGUCCUACCAAACGCAAACCUAAACGCAAAAAACCCAAAAAACCUAAACACAAAGACCCCAACCCAAAACACAAAGGCAAUCUAAUCUCAAAAAAUUGGAACCCCUUUUUCGCUCAGUUGGGUUUCUCAUUCUCUCUGUUGAUCCCUGCAUUCCCUCUGUUCACAUUUCCACUCUCUCUGUUGGCCUCCAUAUUCUCUCUGUUCAUCCAUUCAUCUAAUCCCACAGAUUCUCCCUCCUGCAAGUCGUACUGUGGCUCUAACUUCGGCAGCUGCUCUUGUGCCAACUCCUGUCAGUCCAAAGGAAACUGCUGCCAUGACUACCAUGAUUACUGCCACACAUACACAACUACUCCUCCUGACCGCACAACAGAUUUUCACCAUGUCACAACAACUAAUGUGAACCCAACAGUUGGACCACCAUGCGGUGGAGAUCUGACUAACUCAAGAGGAGAAUUCUACAGCCCCCAGUAUCCUAAUAACUACCCUGAUGAUGCAGAUUGUACAUGGAGACUUCUGGCUUCAGAGAGAGAAGUUGUUAAUUUGAUCUUCACGUUUGUUGAUUUGGAGGAAUGUUGCGACUCCAUCAUGGUGUAUGAUGGUCCCAAUGAUACUUACCCACUGCUGGGUGACCUGCCUCAAGAUCAGAGAAAUCACUUCAACUCUACCAGGAAUUCUCUGACCGUAGUGCUCUCAACUGACCACACUGUAACUGGUCAAGGCUUUCGGGCACAGUGGGUGUUCUCAGAAUUAGCUGUUUCCUGUAGGUGGAACUGUGGCUAUAAUCUCGGCAGCUGUUCCUGCGCCAGCUCCUGUCAGGACUAUGGAAACUGUUGCCAUGACUACUAUGAUUUUUGCCAAGUCACAGCUACAACACCUACUGUGAACCCAACAGUUGGACCACCAUGCGGUGGAGAUCUGACUAACUCAAGUGGAGAAUUCUUCAGCCCCCAGUAUCCUAAUAACUACCCUAAUAAUGCAGACUGUACAUGGAGACUUCUGGCAUCGGAGAGAAAAGUCGUUAAUUUGACCUUCAUAUUUGUUGAUUUGGAGGCAUGUUGUGACUUCAUCAGGGUGUAUGAUGGUCCGAAUGAUACUUACCCACUGCUGGGUCGCCUGCCUCAAGAUCAGAGAUAUCACUUCAACUCCAGCAGGAACUCUCUGACCGUAGUGUUCUCAACUGACCAAACUGUAACUGGUCAAGGCUUUUGGGCACAGUGGGUGUUCUCAGAACCUACUACUGAACCUACAACUGUUCCUCCUUCUACUGAACCUCCUACUCCCACAUCAGUAACGGUGACCUGGGAAACCACAACAGCUUCUCCUUCCUGUAGGUGGAACUGUGGCUCUAACUUCGACAGCUGUUCCUGCGCCAGCUCCUGUCAGUACUAUGGAAACUGUUGCAGUGACUACUAUGAUUUUUGCCAUGUUACAGCUACAACACCUACUGUGAACCCAACAGAAUCUCAUCCUUCUCCCUCAGCUGUUCCUCCUGAAUCUACAAUUGAUCCUUCUUCUCCCACAUCAGCUCCUCCUUCCUGCAGGCUGAACUGUGGCUCUCACCUCGGCAGCUGUUCCUGCUCCAGCUCCUGUCAGUACUACGGAAACUGCUGCCACGACUACCACGAUUACUGUGACGCAACCACACCUGCUCCUGCCACCACAACAGUUGGAGCGCCAUGCGGUGGAGAUCUGACUAACUCAAGAGGAGAAUUCUUCAGCCCCCAGUAUCCUAAUAACUACCCUAAUAAUGCAGAUUGCACAUGGAGACUUCUGGCAUCAGAGAGAGAAACUGUUAAUUUGACCUUCACGUUUGUCGAUUUGGAGAGGUGUUGCGACUCCAUCAGGGUGUAUGACGGUCCCACUGAUGCUUACCCACUGCUGGGUCGCCUGCCUCAAGAUCAGAGAUCUCACUUCAGCUCCACCAGGAACUCUCUGACUGUAGUGUUUUCAAGUGAUAGCAGUGUAACUCGUCAAGGCUUUCGGGCACAGUGGGUGUUCUCAGAAUCUCAUCUUUCUCCCUCAACUGUUCCUCCUGAAUCUUCAACUGAUCGUUCUUCUCCCACAUCAGCUUCUCCUUCCUGCAGGUGGAACUGUGGCUCUCACCUCGGCAGCUGUUCAUGCUCCAGCUCCUGUCAGUACUAUGGAAACUGCUGCCACGACUACCACGAUUACUGUUACCCAAGCACACCUGCCCCUGACACAGGGUACAUUUUCUGUGCUCAGAAAGAGGGACCAGGUGUUCUCUGGAAUAUAUGUAUCUUUCAGCAGAUCAUUAUGUUUUUGUGUAUUUGGGUUCUGUACUGGUCCAGUAGGGACCCACUUUGGACUUGACUGAUGGCCCCCAAUGGGCUGUCUGCACAUGCUUCAAGAGAUUUUGCUCAUUGGUGAAAGACUGGCAUCUCAACAUUGUCCCAGGGCUAAUUGAGUGAGGG